CAGAGGUUGGCUGGUUUAUUCGCGUGUGCAGCUUCAGAGGGGCAAGGCGCUCGUGCCGUGGCGUGUCUGUGGUGACAGGAGGGAGAGAAAGAGAGAACGAGAGGGAGCGAGAAAGACAGAGUGAGGGAUUGUCUAAAAAAGAAAGAGAGGAAAAUGGAGGGAAACAAGAGGAGUCUGCGUGAGCGGUGUGCCUUGAGGAAAGACAUCAUCAAAGAGUUUUUGGCGGAAUUUCUGGGCACGUUCAUCUUGAUCUUGUUUGGCUGUGGGUCGGUAGCCCAGACGGUCCUCAGUCGCGGUGCGCUGGGGGAGCCCCUCACCAUCCACAUCGGCUUCACCACGGGCGUGAUGCUGGCAGUCUACGUCUCCGGAGGGGUGUCAGGGGGGCAUGUUAACCCCGCGGUGUCCUUGGCGAUGGUGGUGCUGGGGAAGCUGCCUCUUCAGAAGUUCCCCGUCUACGCUGCAGCCCAGUUCCUCGGGGCCUUCGCGGGAUCCUGCGCCGUCUUUGGACUCUAUUAUGAUGCCUUCAUGGACUUCACUGGAGGUAUUCUCACGGUGACUGGUGAGAACGCCACUGCCGGCAUCUUCGCCUCCUACCCUUCCAAACACCUGUCAGUCCUCAACGGCUUUGCUGACCAGGUAAUAGGCACUGCUGCGCUGGUGUUGUGUAUAUUGGCCAUAACGGACAGCAGGAAUCUGGGCGCUCCUAAAGGUAUGGAGCCCCUAGUGGUGGGGCUGACCAUCAUGGCUAUCGGCGUCUCCAUGGGACACAACUGUGGAUAUCCCAUCAACCCCGCACGAGACCUCGCACCACGACUAUUCACCGCCGUCGCAGGCUGGGGUAUGGAGGUGUUUAGUGCUGGAGGCUGCUGGUGGUGGAUCCCCGUGGCCGGUCCGAUGGUGGGGGGCGUCGUCGGGGCAACCAUCUACUUCCUGUUAAUCGAGCUCCAUCACCCGGAACCUCAGAGACUCGCCGCUGAGGAGAACAACGCCAAGGACAAAUACGAGAUCGUCACCAUGACCUAAACACACACACACACACACACACACACGCACGCACACGCACACACAC